ACAAACAGGACGCUCGUCUGAAAUAUAAAGGACAAAAGUGGUUCAUACGCUCUCCUUUAAAUAUGUUUUAUGUAGAUAUAAGAAUAGUUUUGCCUAUUUGUUUUUUAUUUUCCCUGGUUUUAAGCGAUGCACAGCAAGAGAAGCACUUUCUCCACUACAUGUUCACAGUCAUGAUAAAAGCAGACACACUGCCAGUGUUCAGUGCUGUGUGUGAGUCUGAUCACAUCCAGAUCUCUCACUACAGCACUGAAGAACAGAUCUGGAUGAGAGAGAAUCUGACUGAACACGACUGGGACCGAGCUCCUGAAGGACCGCCUGAAACUACAGACUGGUAUCUAGAUCUGAUCAGGAUUCUGUCCAACCGCACCGAGUCUUCUGAUCUUGUGGUUCUUCAGAGAGUGAUUGGCUGUGAGCUGGAGAAGCUUCCUGAUGGAGCAGUGAAUCUGACGCCGGUUGAUGAAUAUGGAUUUGGAGAAGAGGAUUGUGUUGCCUUUAGUUCUGACACCUCACAGUGUUCUGAUAAAAGUCUUAACGUCAAAGAAACCAAAAUCAAGCGAGACCAUCGAGUAAAACUUCAGGAACUCUUCAAGAACUGUCUGGACUGGAUCUCAACGUUUAAUAACACCAAAAACAAUUCACCAGAUGUUGGUGUGUUUGCGAGGAAAGCUCCUGAUGAUCACAGUAAGCUGGUUCUGAUCUGUCUGGUCACUGGUUUCUACCCCAGAGAUAUUGAGAUGAACAUCAGAUUGAACAGAAUUAAUAUUCAGAACCAAAUAUCAUCUGGAGUCAGACCCAAUGAUGAUGAAACCUUUCAGAUGAGAUCCAGUGUGAAGAUCGACAGAAACCACAGAGGAUCUUAUGACUGUCAUGUCAUUCACAGCAGUCUGACAGAACCAGUGUCAGUAAACUGGGAUGGCAGAUGUUCUGGCUGUGAUCCAGAAUCUCCGAUGUCUGUUACAGUAGGAAUAUUAAUAUCAGCUCUAGUUCUAGCUGUAGUCUUUUCUGUGAUUCGUCGCUGCAUCAACAGAAGGAAAAAGCAUCAUGGUCUGAUGAGAAGUUAUCGUUAUUAUGGAGGAACGACUGAACAGCUUCAGAUCCCCGAAGCGUCUGAUCAAGAGCUCAAUACAGACUAUUAGACACUCGAUUCUAAUUCUCCAGCUGUGUUUCCAAUCUGUGUCAGCUCUACUUUAUUAAGAAUAAAUGGUUAUGAAGAAGUUAUUGAUAAGAGGUAACAUAAAUUGCAAAACAAAAGCAGUUAUUUAUUUCAUUAUAUGAACAGUAAAUAAUAUGAGGGGAAAGUCAAAUUAAACAAAUCUUAUUGUUAUAAGAUUUAAUAGUAUUCUAAGCAGGGGAGGACUGGCCAUCUGUGGUAAUCAUCUCAUUCAGACUAUAAGUCAUACCUUAGUAUAAGUCGCAUCAGUCCAAAAAUACGUCAUGACAAGGAAAAAAAAACAUAAAUUACACUGUAUUGUAAAUCGCAUUUAUUUAGAACCAAGAACCAAGAGAAAACAUUACCGUCUCCAGCCGCGAGAGGGCGCUCUAUGUCUUCAGUGUAGACUACAGGAGCACUGAGCAGCAUAGAGCGCCCUCUCGUGGCUGGAGAUGGUAAUGUUUUCUCUUGGUUCAUUUCUCUUGGUUGAUAUCAAAUUAAUUUUGAUAAAUAAGUCGCACCUGACUAUAAGUCGCAGGACCAGCCAAAUUAUGAAAAAAAGUGCGACUUACAGUCCGGAAAAUACAGUAAGUAUGGAUCAUGAGAGGAGAAAGAGUUACUUGCUAGGGAUGAUGUUAGGAAGUGACAUUCAGGUUGCUAUAUUUUUAAUGAUUACAGUAGUUAAAACAGCUAAACUUCAACAUUUUAGCUCUAAAAUGCCACAUGCAAUAGCUAAUAUUAAUAAAUAUUUUGUGCUUUUACUUUUAAAAAUGUUGGUAACGUUAAAGUUAAUGCUUACAAACUUUGAAGAUUUUGAAUACAGAAGUUACAUUUGUAAUGGUGUAUUUUCAUUUAGAUGUGGUAUUAUUAUUUGUGCAGUAAGAUUAAUGACUGCAUAAAUUAAGAUUAUUAAGUAAUAAAUUCAUUUUAAGACAGCAUGGAAUAGAUUGUAUAAUUUGCUGUUAUAACAUCAUAUUAUAUAAUCUAUUUCAUGCUAUCUUGGGAUAAAACCUUUUUUUUAUCCUUUUCAUAAUUUGUUUAUUCAGGUUGAUCUUAGACCAAGAGCAGAGAAAGACACUCACUCCAGCUCAACCUCAAAUUACUUUUAAGCGUCCCAAGUCAGAUAGUCACAUCCUAGAGUUUUUUUUUGUCAGUUUACCCUCAGAAGAAGACAACAUACCUGACAGUACAGAGAGUGUUUAAGUUGAGUGUUUAAAUCAACAGUACACAAAGAUGUACCCACUACGAACUCAAAUGAUUCGUGAACCCACUACGAACUCUCGAAUUGAUUCAAAUGAUUCGCCAACCCGCUUCGAACUCCCAAACUGACUCAAAUGAUUUGCCAACCCGCUUCGAACUCCCAAACUGACUCAAAUGAUUCGCGAUCCCCAAACUGACUCAAAUGAUUCGCGAACCCGCUACGAACUGCCGAACUGACUCAAAUGAUUCGCGAUCCCCAAACUGACUCAAAUGAUUCGCAAUCCCCAAACUGAUUCAAAUGAUUCGCGAUCCCGCUCAGAACACACGAGAACUCUUUGACCACAGCUGCUGUGCUUCAAAAGCUCUUGCAGCAGCUCAACACUGGUUUUCUCUGAGGUGGUCGGAUCACAUCAGAUUGUGGUCAAUCUUGCAGAUCAUGACUUAUAUCUAUUCUUCCUCUCCCUGCAGUUUGGUAAUAUAAAGAUUCCUUCUUUGAACUCCCAUGUCUUCUGUGGGUUUUAUUGUUCUGGGUCUGAAUUUGGGCUCCUGGGGUCUCAAAAAAAAAACAUUUUCAAUCUCCAAGGUGAACUUUAUGACAACACCAGUGUUGUGCUAGUUACUAAGAAAUAUGUAUCACUGUUAAAAGUAACUUUUUAGUUAUUUUUUUUAAAGAACUUUCUUUAAUGUUCCCAUUAAUGCGCUUUUAUGCGUUAUGGUCUAUACAAACACAAAGUAAAACAGCA